AAAAUGGAGGGACUCUUUUAAAUAUCCCUCUUAAAAUUUGUCGUAAUCUUCCGCCAACUUAGUUUAAUCAAAUCCCAUUAGCAACUCCCGAAACCACAGAGAGCUCAUGGCGACGACGAAGCUCACCAGCAACCUCUCUCUCCCGAGUCAACUCGGCAACUCGAGGCCUGACUCGUUCAAGCUCAGCAACCCAUUCACCGUUAGCUUCAAACGCUCUUCUUUCCCGACAAUCACUGUCCGAGCUUCUUCCACCGCCUUUGUCGAGACCACCCCAUCUGAACCGAUUGAGGUUCAGAAUGAGGCCACCAUCUGUAACGAUUUGCUGGCUUGUCCUAUAUGCUUUGAUCGAUUUUCAUCAAAAGGCGAGUCUGGUUCCGGAUCUAGUUUCGAAUGUAGCACUUGUAAGAAGACUUACUCUAGCAAUGAGACACAUUUGGACUUGACACUGGCGAGCGGUGCCAAGAACUAUGGUGAAUCAAUGCCGGCUUCCACGGAGUUUUUCAGGAUUCCGUUGAUAUCUUUCCUUUACGAGAGGGGCUGGCGUCAAAGCUUUUCAGUAUGGGGUGGUUUUCCUGGGCCAGAGAAAGAGUUUGAGUUGAUUAAGGAUUGCAUAAAACCAGUCCUGGGUGGAAGCAUCAUUGAUGCUAGCUGUGGGAGUGGGUUAUUUUCCAGGCUUUUCGCCAAGAGUGGAUUGUUUUCUCAUGUUGUUGCUCUGGACUACUCAGAAAAUAUGUUGAAGCAGUGCUAUGAGUUCAUUGAGAAGGAAGAGAACUUCCCCAAAGAGAACAUAACUUUGGUCAGAGCUGAUAUUUCUAGGCUUCCCUUUGCUACAAGUUCUAUUGAUGCUGUGCAUGCUGGUGCUGCCAUACACUGUUGGCCUUCACCAACAGGAGCUGUUGCUGAAAUUAGCAGAGUACUGCGACCUGGUGGGGUGUUCGUUGCAACAACUUACAUACUUGAUGGUCCUUUUGCCUUUGUCCCAUUUUUGAGGGAAGGAACCAAGAGAGCAAGGCAAGUAUCAGGCAGCCAAAUCUUCCUAUCUGAAGGUGAAUUGGAAGACAUCUGUACAGCAUGUGGCCUUGUAGGUGUUACUGUUGUGAGGAAUCGGCAAUUCGUGAUGAUCUCUGCUACAAAACCAAGUUAAAUUAGCAUUCUUCCCACCGAGGAUUUCUCCAGUUUGUGCAAGGUUGUAUAGGCAUUUCAUGUGAGAUGUGUUUCUCUGAAAGUUCUCGGAUAUUGUAAUAAAGACACAACAACACUAUAGGUACCAUACCAGCAGGAUGAUAUGACACCGCAAUUCUUGCAAAAUGAGGUUUCAAGAACCCGAGUUUGUAUAAAAAAUACUCAAGUAUAUCAAGUUAUAUACCUAGUCAUAGUUACCUUACCACUAGGCUGUACUGAAAGCAAGCAUUUUUGUUUUUUCAACAAUUUAUUCAGUAAAGUUGUAUCCUUUCAUUUAAAGAAAA